AUGGGAGUGAGAGGCAGUAAGUUGGGCAAAUUGCUUGGAGCUCGAGAAUUUAAACGCUUGAGAUCAUCAGGCCCUCCUCCUCCAUUGACACCCAGAGGUUACAUUCCUGUAUGUGUUGGUAUGAACAAUGAUUUUAGGCGAUUUAUGGUUCACGCAACCACGCUUGGAGAUGAAGAUUUCUUGGAGCUGCUCUACAGGUCAGCUGAAGAAUAUGGCUUCUGUAAUGAAGGGAUUCUGAGGAUUCCUUAUGAAGCAAAUGCCUUCGAGGAGAGGAUAUUGAUGAGAACGUCCAAGAGAAAAGUCUUCAGGGUCAAACCCAUCUAG